CGCCCGCCCAGCCGCAGUCUGCAGGAGCCGCCGCCGCAGCCGGCCGCGGGGCGGGAUUCCGGGGCCGUCGCAGGGAGCGCAGCUCGGCUCUCCGCGCUUGUGCUUUUGCCCGCCCCGCUCCUCGCCGCGUCGGUCCGCUGGCCGGGUGCGGCUGAUCAGCUCGCCCUCCGGCUCCGAACCCAGGCUCCACGGCCGCCGCAGGGACCCGCCCACCAGACCCUGCCCGGGCCGCCCGUCUGCCUGUUUGGACCCUGCCGUUGAUGACACCUGGCAGGAGGCUACCAUGGAAGGGGAUGGUUCCGACUCGCUGGUUACCAUUAAGAAUAUCGAAAGAGAGCUCAUUUGCCCAGCAUGCAAGGAGCUGUUUACCCACCCGCUGAUUCUCCCUUGUCAACACAGUAUCUGUCAUAAGUGUGUAAAAGAACUCUUACUGACACAUGAUGACUCAUUCAAUGACGUGGGAUCGGACAACUCCAAUCAGAGCAGUCCUCGACUUCGGCUCCCGUCCCCUAGCAUGGACAAAAUUGACAGAAUUAGCAGACCAGGCUGGAAGCGCGGUUCCCUGACCCCUAGGACAACCACUUUUCCUUGCCCCGGCUGUGAGCAUGAUGUGGAUCUUGGAGAACGAGGAAUCAAUGGUCUGUUUCGCAAUUUCACUUUGGAAACUAUUGUCGAGAGGUACCGGCAGGCAGCCAGGGCGGCCACAGCCAUCAUGUGUGACCUCUGUAAACCACCACCCCAGGAGUCCACGAAGAGUUGCAUGGACUGUAGUGCGAGCUACUGCAACGAGUGCUUCAAAAUUUACCACCCCUGGGGUACGGUGAAAGCUCAGCACGAGUACGUGGGUCCAACUACUAAUUUUAGGCCCAAGAUCUUAAUGUGCCCAGAACAUGAAACAGAGAGAAUCAACAUGUACUGUGAAUUAUGUCGGAGGCCAGUCUGUCAUCUCUGUAAGUUGGGCGGUAAUCAUUCCAAUCACCGGGUCACCACUAUGAGCAGUGCCUACAAAACCUUAAAGGAAAAGCUUUCAAAGGAUAUUGAUUACCUUAUUGGCAAGGAGAGCCAGGUGAAGAGUCAAAUUUCUGAACUAAACUUGUUAAUGAAAGAAACAGAGUGUAAUGGAGAGAGAGCAAAAGAAGAAGCAGUCACACAUUUUGAAAAGCUCUUUGAAGUUCUAGAAGAGAGGAAAUCAUCGGUUUUGAAGGCCAUUGAUGCUUCUAAGAAACUAAGAUUAGACAAAUUUCAGACUCAAGUGGAGGAGUAUCAGGGGCUCCUAGAGAACAGUGGGCUGGUGGGAUAUGCCCAAGAAGUGCUUAAGGAGACGGAUCAGUCCUGUUUCGUGCAGACGGCAAAACAGCUCCACCUCAGAAUUCAGAAAGCCACAGAAUCUUUGAAGAGCUUUAGACCCGCAGCUCAGACUUCUUUUGAAGACUAUGUUGUUAAUACAUCUAAACAGACAGAACUUCUUGGAGAAUUGUCCUUUUUCUCCAGUGGCAUAGACGUGCCAGAGAUCAACGAGGAACAGAGCAGAGUUUAUAACAAUGCUCUGAUCAACUGGUACCAUCCCGAAAAGGAUAAAGCGGAUAGCUAUGUCCUUGAAUAUCGGAAGAUUAACAGAGAUGAAGAAAUGCUGUCUUGGAACGAGAUUGAAGUGUGCGGCACAAGCAAAGUCAUUUCCGACCUGGAAAGCAAUUGUAACUACGCUUUCCGAGUAAGAGCCUACAAGGGCUCCAUCUGCAGUCCUUGCAGCAGAGAGCUGACUCUUCAUACCCCACCAGCUCCAGUUUUCAGUUUCCUCUUUGAUGAAAAAUGUGGCUAUAAUAAUGAACACCUCUUGCUGAACUUGAAGAGAGACCGCGUAGAGAGUAGAGCUGGGUUUAAUCUCCUGCUCUCUGCGGAGCGUGUUCAAGUGGGUUAUUACACAAGCCUGGACUACAUCAUUGGAGAUGUUGGAAUUACCAAGGGGAAGCACUUCUGGGCCUUCCGGGUGGAGCCGUAUUCAUACCUGGUCAAAGUGGGAGUUGCUUCCAGUGAUAAAUUACAGGAAUGGCUCCGUUCUCCCCGGGAUGCCGUCAGUCCAAGAUACGAGCAAGACAGCGGCCAUGACAGUGGAAGUGAAGAUGCCUGCUUCGAUUCUUCACAGCCGUUCACGUUGGUCACCAUAGGCAUGAAGAAGUUUUUCAUACCCAAGUCAGCCACUUCUGCCAACGAACCCGAGAACAGAGUUCUACCCAUGCCCACAAGUAUAGGGAUUUUCCUUGACUAUGAUAAAGGCCGAGUGGCUUUCUACGACAUGGAUCACAUGAAAUGCCUUUACGAGCGCCAGGUGGACUGCUCGCACACCAUGUACCCGGCCUUCGCCCUGAUGGGCAGUGGAGGCAUUCAGCUUGAGGAACCCAUCACGGCAAAAUACCUGGAAUACCAAGAGCACAUGUAGAUGAAGUCUGAUGGGGCUUAGGGUGGAAAAGGGGAGCAGAGUUAUGCCUUGGUGUUAGCCCUCGUCUCUAAUUACAUAGCAUCGAAGUACUCCGUGGCCACGCUUGUUUCUGUGUGUGUUUCUUCUUCAAUCAGAAAGCCUGAACAGUUUGCCUCUUCCGUGCUGUCGUUCUGCCUUUUUCACAAGCCACGGGAGUAAAGACACUCUGUAACCGGAUUGUCUUUCUUUUUUUACGAACAGGAAAUCUAAUUUAUUUAUGUCAGCCCUGCCGCUGAUACUUAAUUAACAUUUCUUUUUCUGGAGGGGGGGGAGGUCUACAAAAGUAUUUAUUAUUAUGUUUCUUUUGUGUUUGGUUUUUCAUUUUGUAUCAUGUUUAUGUCUUAAGAUAUUUUUUAGAUGCCUUAUGGGUGGAAAUUAGCACUUAGCCUUGCGUCUUGCAUAUGUUUUUCAUAGGAAAACAAAAGUAUAGAUAGGUAAAAAGGCCAGAGAAAUGGUAGUAUAUUUAAAUGGAAAAUUAUGUAUUUUGAGGCGUAUAAUGGAUAUUCAGAGUAUAUUCCCUGGAAAAUGACUACUGCUUUUUUUUCUCUUUUAAGACUGCAAAUUGUAUUUUUAAGGAUAUUUUAAAGAGUUCCCUUAGCUGUAAUGUGCACACCUGCAUGUGUUGUUAAACAUGUAUGUUUGUUUGUUUGUUUUGCAGGAAACACAAAGUUCUCGGCUAACACAUGAAACUUGUCACUUCAUGUAAAAUUUGUCUUCAGUUUUUCUUACUCUAUGAAAAUAUCUGAGCUUAUAUCAAAUUAUUUUUCACAAAUAUUAGUGAAGAUUCACUGAUACUUCACUUCGCAUAUUUGUUCUUUGGCCCUUUUAUCGUGUCCUAUGAUUUUAUGAUUUUCUUUUUUUGGCACCGAUAUUAUAUAUCAGAUUGUCCUGGUUUAUGUUUACAUAUUGGGAAAGUUGAUGAUUUAUUUUUAAUGUCAUUAAAUUAUUCUAAAAUGUGGAGUAACCGGUCAGUUGGAUGUUAUUUUCUGUGGCCUAUUGUUUGGUAAUAAGCGUUUGUAAAAGUAAGUAAAAGACAAAUCUAGUUGGGUAGGAAUAAUAACAGAAAUCAUAGUGACUGUGUAUACCUUUCUAAAAGUUGUUCUGAUUUGCAGAAUUAAUAUUUUAACUGAAAUUUUACAUUCAUUUUUGAAAGUUGUCUUCUACUUAGAUGUUUUUUAUCUAAACUGCUUAUUUUUUAGAAGUUAAAAUGUACAGAAGCUAGACUUAAAUAUUGUCGCACUCAUGAUUUUGAAAUGCUUUUGACCUAUUUCGAUAGACCAACCAAAAUCUCGGGCCUUAUCUGGUUUCCUUGUUUGUUUUUAAUAUAUAUUUUUAAAUGUUCUUCAGGCUGGUAGCAUCAAAUGAGCUUUUUUUUUACCCCCAACCCAGGUAGGAAAUAUCAUGGCAAAGUUCACGUGGAGUACGCUUCGUUACUUUCCCACUGAUGAAUAGCACUUUACGGCAUGGGCUGAACUAAACACGUACGCAGGGUUAAUGGGCUGAACUAAACACGUACGCAGGGUUAAUGUUGUGCAGUAAGGUUGCUCAAGUCUCGUGUGUGGUAAGUUUGAGUCUCAAGCCUCUGUAAGCACGUGUCCGGUACACAUUUGAAACAUAAAGCUUUAAUAGGAAUAGGGAAGGCGCGUAAAACAUUGUAUAAGUUGUACAGAAAUUGUUGUCCUGGAUGUCUGUUGUUUUUAAUAAAAAUCGAAAUACGUGUAAUUAUUGAACUGCA